AUGUUCAAAAAGUUCGAUGAUAAGGAGGACGUGAACGGGAGCACGCAGUUGAAGUCGAGCAUUCAGAAGGGGAUUCGGCGAAAACUUGUCGAGAAUUAUCCGCAUUUGGAGCCAUAUUUGGACGACAUUCUACCGAAAAAGGAAAACUUCAAACUAAUCAAGUGCCGCGAUCAUAUCGAGCUUCUCGCCGAUCAUACAGGCGUCGUGCGAUUUGUCAAAACGCGGAACACCGACUUCAUUCCGACGCUGCGGACCCUCCACAAAUACCCGUUUAUUCUACCGCAUCAGCAGGUGGACAAAGGCGCCAUCAAGUUCAUCCUCAACGGAUCAUCGAUCAUGUGUCCCGGAUUGACAUCGCCGGGCGCGAAACUCACACCGAAUGUGCCCAAGGAUACGGUAGUCGCUGUUAUGGCAGAGGGCAAAGAGCACGCAUUGGCGAUCGGCCAAAUGACGAUGAGCAGCGAGGAGAUUCAGAGUGUGAACAAGGGAAACGGCAUCGAGAAUCUGCACUAUCUGAACGACGGCCUCUGGCAUCUUGCCGAGAAGCCGCUCAAUUAA